AGGAGCCAAUGGGGAGCAGAGUGGAGGAAAACUUCUCGAGAGAGAAAGAAAGUUGGAGUGAAGUUUGGACUUGAGAGAGAGAGAGCCCGGAGCAAGGCUGUGUACCAGCACUCGCCUCUCGGUGCCUGUGGGUGGGGGUAUCUGUCUCUGUCUCUGGGGUGAGGUGUACGCUCUGACACAUGGCGAGCUCCAGGCGCAGGGAGGAAUCUGAUAACGGAGCCGCUGCUUCUGAUUCAGUGAACAGGAGUCUGGACAGGCAAUCUGAAGCUCUCGUGCGGAGGUUUGUCCUGGAGACGAUCCUCGAAGAAGAUCCGCAAUGCCAACUCAGUCCUGAGGAUCUUGGUGGCACUAGAAGAGAGAUUGAUGACCCUAACGUCAAGGAGAUAUGCAAGAGUUUGAAGAAAAUUGGAGAUGAGCUGAACAGAAAUAUGGAAUUACAACAUCUGAUUGAAACAGUACCUCUUGACAAUAUCCGAGAGGUUCUCUGCAAAGUGGCUGAAGGGAUUUUAGUUUCUGAUGGUUUGAACUGGGGGCGAAUUGUAACCUUCCUGUAUUUUGCUGGCAGACUUGUAUCUAAGGCAUUGAAAAAUUUGAGGGCAAUGAUUCAACCUAUCAUUAAUUGGUCUUUGGAUUUGAUUCGAACCCGUGUAAUUCCAUGGAUUGAACAACAAGGUGGAUGGGAGACUAUCUAUUCUUACAUUGGAACAUCGACCUAUCAGACGUUGGCAGUCUUUUCGGCUGGUCUUAUUACUGGCAUUUUAGCGAUAAUGAAAUUGACCUAACAGCAUUGCUCCCUGACCUCUUGGUGCUUCAGUUUCCUGUCCACCGAUUGAAUCUAGUGGUUUAUUCUUGCAACGUUUUUGCACCCGAACCUACGUGAAUCUUCUGUACAGAUUUGUAAUACUUGAAAAAGUGGGAUUUCUAAUCGUGAACUUGUGAAUAUUGUUGGACAGUUUUGUAUUUAUCCUCAUUACUUGAUUUUAAUUUUUACGUACUUUUUAAGAGUUAGUUUCUUGAUGUUGACGUGUAUUAUUUUUCCAACUGAAACAUGCAGCAGCUAUACCUGCUAAAACACUUGCAAACGAUACAGCAAGUGUUAAAGGUGUAGAAUGAACUUUUUAGUAAUGGUGCCAAAGAGUGUAGCUGCUUCAGUGUCAAAACAACAAUUUUAAACCAACUUGUCUUAAAAAUCUGUUGAAUUUG